AGACCGCAGAAAGCGUUGUGAGAUGAGAUCACCUGGAUCGGACGUAUUAGAUUAGAAAUUCUGCUCGAGUCUCCGUUUCUACAUCAAAAUAGCGGGUUUUCAUAUGGUCAUCAAAAAGAGACCACAUGUUGACAAGAUCGACCGAGCUGGACGAGCCGGAGGCAGGUUUUGAGGGACUCUUGGUUAAGUGGACGAAGUGGUCAUUUUAUGGGACUCACUGAUCUAAUAUAACGUUACUGACUGCAACAGCCGAAUAAAAGCAUUUCAGACUUCAAUAUUUCCAGUCUCGGGACCUUCUCGCACAGUAAAGAAUGAAUCACCUGUCUUUAAGUGAGCUAUGCUGCCUCUUCUGCUGCCCUCCAUGCCCAAGCAAAAUCACCUCCAAGCUGGCCUUCCUUCCCCCAGAGCCCACAUACACCUUGAUGUGUGACGAGAGCAGCAGUCGCUGGACUCUUCAACUAUCUGAGCGUGCCGAUUGGCAGUACUCUACCCGGGAGAAAGACGCCAUUGAGUGCUUUAUGACCCGGACAUCUAGGGGGAGCCGUAUAGCCUGCAUGUUUGUGCGAUGUUCUCCCAACGCUCGCUAUACCUUGUUGUUUUCGCAUGGUAACGCUGUAGACUUGGGUCAGAUGAGUAGCUUCUACAUCGGCCUGGGCUCCCGCAUCAAUUGUAACGUGUUCUCUUAUGACUACUCUGGUUAUGGAGCAAGCUCAGGAAAGCCCUCGGAGAAAAAUUUGUAUGCUGAUGUGGACGCGGCCUGGCACGCGCUACGGACGAGGUACGGCAUCAGGCCGGAGAACGUCAUCAUUUAUGGGCAGAGCAUUGGCACGGUUCCUUCAGUUGAUCUCGCCUCACGGUACGAGAGCGCCGCCGUUAUUCUCCACUCCCCUCUGACCUCAGGCAUGCGGGUGGCCUUUCCUGACACCAAGAAGACAUACUGCUUUGAUGCAUUUCCAAACAUUGAUAAAAUCUCUAAAGUCACUUCUCCGGUGCUGGUGAUCCAUGGUACGGAGGACGAGGUGAUUGAUUUUUCUCAUGGGCUGGCAUUGUAUGAGCGCUGCCAGCGACCCGUGGAGCCGCUUUGGGUUGAGGGGGCGGGCCACAACGAUGUAGAGUUGUAUGGACAGUACCUGGAACGCUUGAAACAGUUUGUGGCCCAUGAACUUGUGAACUUAUAAAUGGAACCUCAAGAUUAGGACUGACUUCCCUUGAUAAAGGUGCCCCUAAUGCCAGUUAGCAACUGUCAACUUGAAUGCAUUUUCUCAUCCGUUUUUCCUCUCUCAUUGGGUUGCACUGCUCCAUGGUAUAAAGAACAGGGGAGGAGUGUCUUUAUUGCCUUUCUGGGGGUGUUUGUGUAACUUUGGUAGCGUGAGCGGUGGGUCUGCUGAUUUAGUAGCCCAACAUCAGUGUGUACUUAAUGUGUCUUGAAAUUACGUAGAAAAGAAUCAAAUCCAUUCCAUAGAAAAAUACUUUGAUUUUUGCUGUAUGCAUGAGUUUUACGAUGAUGUAGUUAACACGAGUACUGUACAAAGAGGUGCAACAUUCUGACACAAACAUUUGCCAUGCCGGUGAUGCCAAAUGAUCUUUGAUAUGCUACUAUGUAAUAGAAUCUUGUUUGAAUGUUUAUAGAGUGUUCGGUUUAACUACACUCUGUAUGUUAUUCAUUUUAGCAAUUUAAUUAGGAUUUGUUUUUCUACAUGUCGAUAUUAAAAUGUAUUAUCCACCAUUCUAGAUCUUGAAAAUAAUGUGGGACAGUAGUGUCCGUUUUAACUGUCAAAUAAAUAAAUUUGUUUAAAAAAAUAAAGUUUAUUUAUGAUGUAUAAUAGCCCAAACUGGACACACAUUUCAAUAAAGUAAUUACUUCACUAUAUGUGUAUUUAA